UAAUUCGGCACAAGUGAAGUCCCAACCUGUGGAAAGAAAGGCCCUUAGCACGAUUCUCCCGAGUGUCCCGGUUGGGGCAGUUAACGGCAGAGCAGGCUUUGGGCAUCGUUCUCCUCUCAACAACAGCUUCAGAGCCCCAAACCAGGCUCCCGCCAAGUGGAGACUACUUUGCCUCGAGUGUCAUGGCGGCGGCAACAGCAGCACUCUCUGAAGUGACCCUAGAGGAGAAGCCGCCUAAGGAAGCACCCAGCGCGCGGAUUGGUCCUCACAGUGACCCGUUGCCGGCCGCGGUGGGCGCUGGGAAAAAGAAAACAUGGCGGCUGGGCCCAGUAAGACGGAGAUUCAGACUCUUUUCAAGCGGUUACGGGCUGCGCCGCCUAAUAAGUCCUGCUUUGACUGCGGUGCAAAGAACCCGAGCUGGGCUAGUGUCACCUAUGGAGUUUUCCUCUGUAUUGACUGCUCCGGAGUUCACCGGUCGCUGGGUGUGCAUCUCAGCUUCAUCCGGUCUACAGAGCUCGAUUCCAACUGGAGCUGGUUUCAGCUGAGGUGUAUGCAAGUGGGUAGCAAUGCCAAUGCGACUGCCUUUUUCCGCCAACAUGGUUGCACCACCACAGAUGCCAGUGCCAAGUAUAAUAGCCGUGCAGCCCAGAUGUACCGGGAGAAGAUCUGGCAGCUGGCAAGUGCUGCUAUGGCCAAGUAUGGGAAUGAUCUCCUGAUUGAUGGGCUGAGUGGAACUCCAGGCCACUCUCCAGAAAAGAGUGAUGCUGAUUUCUUCCUGGAACAUACACAGGCUUGUAAUAUCUGGGAUGUAGCUGAAACAGGCCAAAGCACAUCAGAGUCUUCACUAGAGUUGGAGAGAACAGCAAAGUCUACUGAAAAUAGUGAAGUCCAACAAUCUGACCAGGGUCCUUCUAUUGAUUUGCUGACUACUUGUCCCAAAGGGCCUCUUGACGCAUCCAUGUGUCUGUCUCAGCAAGGGGCUGCUCCUGCCAGAGAAAUCAAACCUUCCAUUAUUGGAAAGAAGAAGCCAGGUGCCACAAAGAAAGGGCUGGGAGCCAAAAAGGGUCUUGGAGCUCAAAAAGUGAGCAGCCAGAGUUUCACUGAAAUUGAACGGCAGGCCCAGGUGGCUGAAAAGAUGAGGGAGCAGCAGGCUGCAGAGUGCAGGAAGCAAGCUGAGGAGUCCAUAGUUGCCUCAAUGAGAUUGGCCUACCAAGAGUUGCAGAUUGAUCGGAAGAAGGAGGAGAAAAAACUUCAGAAUCUGGAAGGGAAGAAGCGUGAACAGGCUGAGAGGCUGGGCAUGGGCUUGGUGUCCAGAAGUUCCAUCUCGCAUUCUGUCCUUUCUGAGAUGCAAGUGAUAGAACAAGAAACACCCGUGACUGCAAAGUCCUCUCGGUCCCAGCUGGAUCUGUUUGAAGAUACUGGAAGUUUCACAUCCGGACCACCCAAAUAUAAAGAUAAUCCCUUCUCUCUUGGAGAUGCUUUUGGCUCGCAGUGGGAAACAGACAAUACCUGGGGGAUUGACAAAGGAGAAGAGGAGACAGACAUCACUAUCUCCAGUAUCCGACCCAUUGGUGAUAGACCCACCAACAGAAGAGAGACAGAGAGCAAGAUAUCAGUAGCAGAGUCCAAUGAAGCUCAGCAGAAGUUUGCAGGGGCCAAAGCCAUCUCGUCCGACAUGUUCUUUGGGCGGGACGCUGAUGCUGAGUAUGAGGCCAGAUCCCGACUCCAGCAGCUCUCUGGCAGCAGUGCCAUCAGUUCUGCUGACCUUUUUGGAGAGCCUGAGACGGUGAACUCCGGUGGUGUAUCAAUUGGAAAUGUACUGCCUGCUGCUGAUAUUGCCCAGUUCAAGCAAGGGGUAAAGUCUGUUGCUGGCAAGAUGGCUGUUCUGGCCAAUGGUGUGAUGAACUCCCUUCAGGAUCGCUAUGGCUCAUAUUGAUGAUUCAGGAGACUGUGGCCAUCGUUGAAAGACCACUUGCACCUUGAGUCCACCUGGAAAAACUUUGCAGGAUUACGUUUUAGCUGAGCAUGGCUGGGAGCUGCUUGAGGAAAGGAGAAAUGGACAUGCCUGGCACUUGCUCAGAACCUCUCUGGACAUUAUUUUGUAUUAGAAAUUAGUGUUUCUUCAAAACCGCAACAUGCAGCUAAUGAAACCUGGGCCCUUCCAGAGAACAUCCCCCUGCUGCUGUUCCCUGAGACAGGGUUGCAGAUUGGCCAUUGUGGUACUGCUGCUUCUGCUUACCCCAGCCCCUGACUGCUAUUGGCAGACGAAGUAUUGGGGGAGCAGGCAGCGGUGUUUAAUCUUCUUCUGGGGGAAAUUGCAGUAAAUGGUAUAGUAGUGGGGAAUCCUUGGGGCCUAGGCUGUCUUUUAGAAAGGGAAAUUCCCAUUUCUGCACAAGGUAAUUCUUACUGUCCCUCUGUUGAACCAGUGUGGUAUAACAUCCCUUUUUGAGAGCAGUGAUGCAAGCAGCAAAGGGUGAAAGGAUGCUUGGGUUUGCACAAGCUACUUGCAGUAUUUUGCAAGUACAGCGGGCAGGUGGAAAAUAAACCUUUCUUACUCCCUACUUCCCAUCCCAAACCAUGGCUUCAUGCAGUAGAUGGGAGAAGAGCUUCUUUAGGGGGGAGUGAAGAGGAUGUUAUUGGGCUUGCUGUUUCCUAGAACCUGCUGCCUUGCCUCAUUGGUACUCUCUUCAUUUCCCUUCAGAACUUUAAGGAAACUGGUAACACAGCAACCACUCAGUCCAUUGGCUCUGCUCCUGCUUCUGCAACCACUGCAAUUGCUGCCCUCCCUUCCCCUGGCUUACACUGAGAGAACCACCUGAAUGUCAUGGCCCUUCUGUCCGCUGUAGAUGGGGGAAGGGAAGCAGAUUCAAGGAAGGCAUCUUCCUCCUCUCCAAGCUUCACGGCUAUCCCUUUGCUCCUUCUAGCCCAAAUGGUUUCUGUUACAGAAUCUGUCGGUAGAUGAGGAACUGGAGCUGAUAAAAGUGUUCUGUUCCAUCAUACAAUGCUGCUCUUACGCCCAGGACAGUAGAAGGUAUCCUGUCACAAAGGCACCCUGCUGCAUCUGCAUGCCUUUUCUCCCCGGCCAUGGAGGUGGGCUAUGUUCUUUCAUUGGAAGAAGAAAAUACAGUGGGAAGCUAAAUUCCUGUGAAACGGUGCUUGCUGUUGUAACCAUUUUACACUUGCUUUGCAUGACAAUUGCUGCUGCUGCAGCUGUGGGUUUAUCUGGAAGCCUGUAUCAAACCUACAGUAUAUUAUCUCAGGUGGCAAGUCCUUCGAUAUCCUCUUCAUUGAGAGAGUAACUGUUAUGAGUACACUGGAGUGAUGGCUUAGGUUUCAAUAAGACACCUCUGCAAGGAGGAGUCGAGGUUUGCCAGGGUAGUUUGAGGACCCACUUAACGACAAAGCAACAUCUUGCCUAUUUCCAUAUUUGCGUAUUCAUUAGUGCAAUUGAUCUGCUUUCUUGCACGCUUCCCCAAGAAAGUAAAUGUCUGCAUGCACUGACUGGAAAUCUGCUUCCCAUUAGCUCCUUGGGUCUGCUCCCCUUCUCUCUCUCUCUCUCUCUCUCUCUCCCUCUCUCCCUCUCCCUCUCCCCCCCUCGGUUCUGAAAAUGCACUGAUGUUUAACUUUGAUUAUUGCAAAUUUGUCUUAAAGCACUUGCUCCUUUCCAAGGCCAAGAGGUUGCAGAGCUUUGGUUUGGCCCAGUGUGCUCUUGACACUGAGACUGGAAGAGGCUGCUCUUCUUGGGAUGUCUGUGUAUUUUGAGUUGAUGGUCAUAUUAAUGAGCUUUGCGUGGCCAAGGUUGGGCCUCUGCUGUGUGGGGGUCCAAAAGGGAGUAAUAUGGAGUCUCUUCCCCUCCCCCAAAGUGAAUAACAUCCAAGACCUGUGUGUGUUCCACUUCUGUGACUUUUUUUUUAUUAUUCAGAUGUAACACUUGGGAGACGUGGGCAGGCAGCAACUACUCUCUUUUCUAUACCCUGGGCUAGGAAUGGAAGUUACAGACUGAAGGAUGAGUUGCGGAGUGAAGAGGACACAUUCUGUGGUGUGAAAAACAGCCUUCAGGGUUUAUCAGUUUGUGUUUGUCUUUCAUCAUGAAAACCUGGAGCUGAUCAGAAAUACAUUCUGAUCUAUUAAUACACUGGGUUUUGAAACAUUUCCCCCAUAAUUACAAUGGUGUAUACAGCUAUAAAGACCAUCACUCCCUACUGCCUUAUAUUUGGUAUUGCACACUCCAUUAUCAGGAUACAAUUUAUGCUUGUCCUUAAAUUCCUUGUCCCUAGGGUGGAAGAGACAUUUCCCAAGUAUCUAUGCUGCCUGCCCUUAAGAACAAUUAUGGAACUGGGUUUUGAGCAGUGUUGUUGCUUUUCACAUUACAACUCUGAGGGAAUAAAUCUCAGACACACCA